AUGGCGGCAAUGGCCGACUCCGGCUUGGAUCUAGGAUCUUCCGCUUCAUUCUCCUUCUCCGGCGGGGAAAGCAGGUUUGCUGAUACUGGGAAUUUGGAACACUGCGCCAAGUACUUGAACCAGACGCUUGUUACAUUUGGCUUUCCUGCCUCCCUUGAUCUCUUCGCUACUGAUCCGGUUUCGAUUGCUCGGACGUGCAAUUGCAUUUACUUUCUGCUCCAACAGAGGCAGCGAGAUAUUGAGUUCAGAGAGUCUGCUAAUGAUCAGAGACAGAGGCUGUCGUCGGAUAUAUCAAGGUUGGAAGCAAAGGUUGAGAGGCUUGAAGCACAGCUACAAGUGAAGGAAAGGGAAAUUGCUACAAUUACCAGAACGGAGGCUAAGGCUGCAGCAGCCUUCAAGGCCCAGAUUGAAAAACUUCAGCAGGAAAGAGAUGAAUUUCAAAGGAUGGUGAUUGGUAAUCAGCAAGUGAGGACUCAACAAAUUCAUGAAAUGAAGAAGAGAGAAAAGGAGUACAUAAAGCUACAGGAGAAGCUAAAUCAAGUUCUGAUGGAGAAAAAGAAGGAAUCAAGGUCUGGCAUGGAGAUUAUGAAUUUGCUUCAGAAAGAAGGGCGGCAGCGAGGUACUUGGAAUGGAAAGAAGACUGAUACUGACUUCUAUAAGAAAAUUGUUGAUGCAUAUGAGGCUAAAAACCAGGAACUGAUGAAUGAGAAUAAUGACCUGAGGGCAUUGUUACGGUCAAUGCAGACUGACAUGCGUGAUUUCAUCAAUGCUCCAAACGGUUCGUCCAAGCAGUCUUUGCCAGUCAAUGACCGACCUGAAGUUGACCCUACACAGUCUCCUUUGGGAGGAAGGACGGAUCUGUUUGAUAUGCCUUUGCACAUGGCUAGGGAUCACAUAGAAGAAAGCCUUCGAAAUAAGAUGGCAUCCAUAAAGGAGCGCAUGGUCGAAUUGCAAGAUGCACAGAAGGAAGCAGAAGUUACGUCAGAAGCUACUGAGAGAGAACUUGAGCUCGAAGCUCAACUUGUUGAGGCCAGGAGCAUAAUCCAAGAGCAGGCAUCCCUCAUGUCUAAACAUCUUCCUAAGUCCGACAGGCCGCCAAGGGAAAUCAUCACUCCGUCCCCAACUGAGACUCCAGGGGAUGGAGCUGAUAGCGGGAGAAGUGUGUUUGAUUUGGGCGCAUUCGUAGGUGAUUUGACUGCUCUGGAUGACGAUGCCAGCAGUGAUGAAAUAUCGCUUGAAGGGUUGGAGCAGGAGCUGGAAGAGUGCAAAGGCGAUGAUGUGGUUGAGAAUAUUUUGUCCAAGGGUACAAAGCUGAGGGAGUAUACAAAAGGAGUUGAGAACAAUCUGCGGCAGGUUGAAUUGGAUUCGAUUCAGGAUUAUAUAAAAGAAAGUGACAAUUUGGUGUCUCUCCAUGAACAAAUUCGUGACUGCGACAGCAUCUUGUCACAGAUGGAGACCCUCCUCAGUGGGUUCCAGACUGAGAUUGGUUCUAUUGGUUCGGACAUAAAAAUUCUUCAAGAGAAGUCUAUGGACAUGGGUCUAAGGCUGAAAAACCGGAAGGUUGCUGAAUCAAAGCUAGAAAAAUUUGUCGAAGACAUUAUAGUCCCACCCAGAAUGGUUGAUGUGAUUAUUGACGGAGAGGUCAAUGAUGAGUAUUUGAGAACUCUCGAGAUGCUUAGUAAGAAGUUGAUUUUCGUUGAGUCCGAUUUGUUGAUUAAAACUUCUAAAGCUCUGAAGGAUGUACAGCCUGAGCUUGACAAGCUGAGGCAGAAAGCAGUGUCCAAGGUUUUUGAUUUCAUUGUUCAGAAGCUUCAAGCUCUGAGAAAACCUAAAACGAAUAUCCAGAUCCUUCAACAAAGUGUUCUUUUAAAGUACAAGUAUGCCAUUUCCUUUUUAAAAGAGCAUGGCAAGGAGGUGUACACUGAAGUUCGCGCUGCGUACAUUGACACAAUGAACAAGGUUCUAAGUGCAUGUUUCCGUGCAUACAUUCAAGCGCUGGAGAAACUACAGUUAGAUAUAGCAACUUCGAGUGAUUUGAUUGGUGUGGAGACCAGAAGUACUGGCUUGUUUUCAAGAGCCAGAGAGCCGCUGAAGAAUCGAUCAGCUGUUUUUGCUGUGGGAGAUAGGAUUAACAUCUUGAAGGAAAUUGAGCAGCCAGCAUUGAUUCCACAUAUAGCUGAAGCCAGUUCCCAGAAGUAUCCUUAUGAGGUCCUCUUCAGGAGCUUACACAAGCUGCUACUGGAUACAGCCACUUCAGAGUAUCUUUUCUGUGAUAACUUCUUUGGGGAAGAGUCCAUGUUUAAUGAAAUAUUUGCUGGUCCUCUUGCUGCGAUUGAUGAGCACUUCAAUUCAAUACUGCCAAACAGUUAUGAUGCAAUGGGCCUAAUGCUAAUGAUUCGUAUCAUACAUCAACAUCAGCUAAUUAUGUCUCGGCGCCGAAUUCCCUGUUUGGACUCAUAUCUUGACAAGGUUAAUAUAGCAUUGUGGCCCCGUUUCAAGCUCGUGUUCGACAUGCACCUUAGUAGCUUGAGGAAUGCUAAUAUAAAGACAUUGUGGGAAGAUGAUAUCCAUCCUCAUUAUGUCAUGAGGCGCUAUGCUGAAUUCACUGCUUCUCUUAUUCAUCUCAACGUCGAAUAUGGAGAUGGGCAGCUUGAAUUGAAUAUGGAAAGGCUCAGAAUGGCUAUUGAUGACUUGAUUAUCAAGCUUGCUAAAACAUUCACAAAACCAAAACAACAGAUUGUGUUCCUUAUAAACAAUUAUGACAUGACGAUUGCUGUAGUCAAGGAAGCAGGCCCUGAAGGCGGGAAAAUUCAAAUGCAUUUUGAGGAUCUGCUGAAGAGCAAUACGACUUUGUUCGUGGAGGAGCUCCUUAUGGAGCAUUUUGGGGACCUAAUCAAGUUCGUCAAGACUCGAGCUUCUGAGGACCCAAAUUCCCAUCAAGAUAAGCCCCUAACUACCUCAGAAGUCGAACCACUCGUCAAAGACUUCGCCAGUCGGUGGAAAGCAGCGAUCGAGCUGAUGCACAAAGACGUUAUCACGUCAUUCAGCAAUUUCUUGUGUGGAAUGGAGAUCCUGAGGGCUGCACUGACCCAACUCCUCCUUUACUACACUAGGCUAUCCGAUUCCAUCAAGAGAAUCACUGGCGGAUCGGCUCUCAACAAAGAUCUCAUCUCCAUAUCCUCCAUCAUGUACGAGAUCAGGAAAUACUCCAGGACUUUCUAG